AUGCCGCCGCGGACCCGCGCGGGCGCGGCCGGCGGCGGCGACGGCGACGACGAGCCGACGCUCCUCAGCAUCGUCGAGCUGAACAAGCUCUUCAAAGACGUCGUCAUCUUCACGCCGCAGAGCGGCGUCCAUGACGCGAACAAGGCCCUCUUCAGGGCCUGGACGCGGUCGAUCAUGCUCCACGCGCCCGUGCUCGAAAUCGUCGGACGGCACGCCAAGGCCGACUUCGGAGACAUCUACGACGGCGAGUGGGCCAAGAUCGACCACAAGCCCAACGCCAUGGGCAGCGACAAGGGCCCGUGGCCGCACCGCGCCGAGGAGCCCUGGCGGUCCAUGAACAAGGUGAAGGACGUCGAGGGCUACGACGGCUUCUUCGCCGCCGGCGAGGCGUCGGAGGCGCCGCUGAAGCUCGACGCGGACACGCUGUCGGGCGACCUCGCGCCGCUCAAGUACAAGAAGUACGACCUGCUCAUCGUCGGCGCGGGCCUGAGCGGCGCGGUGCUCGCGGAGCGCUGCUCCCAGGAGCUGGGCAUGACGUCGCUGAUCAUCGACGUGCGGGACCACAUCGGCGGCAACUGCUACGACUACCUCGACGAGUCCGGCAUCCGCUGCUCCAA